CACACCAACUCAUUUCAUUGCAUUGGUGUGACACAACAAAACAACUGUAAUAUUUAUUUUACAAAUUAAAAUAAAAACAGCAUACAUAAUGGCAACUAGUAGCAUAAAUUGUUUGUCCUUGGCAAUGUUGGUGAUUUUUGGAACAUUAAUAUAUAACACGAAUGAGGUUUCAGCUCAAUGUGGAGGAAGCUUUCCAGCACUUGUAUCUCAGUGUUCAAAGUUUGUUCAGAAAUCUGGACCGUCGAUUCCACCAUCACCGGGGUGCUGUGCAGUGAUUAGAACCUUUGAUAUUUCAUGUGGUUGUAAACUUGUGACCAAAGAAGUUGAAAGGUUGGUGAGUAUUCCUAAGGUCAUAUUUGUUGCACGAUCUUGUGGAUUGAACAUUCCACCGGGAUUGCAAUGUGGAUCUGUUAGAGUGCCACCGAAAUUCAAGAAGUGAUCAACAGCUUCGAUCAACUGCCUCAGUGAAAAUGUAUUUCCAGUUGUAUUGAUAAUAUAGCACCUUCCAUUUUCUGUAAUGACAUAUAAAUAAAUAACUAAAUAAAUAAAUAUUCCUCUAUAUCACAUUGUCGUGAGUUCAAGGAACAGCUGUGUCUAAUGGAAUGUGCCAUAUGUAUAUGUGACUGCAUGCAUGAUCUAAUAUCUAAUAUCUGUAUUUUUUAUUUAAAUUAUUGUAAGAUCUAAUAUCUAAUGUACAAGUUUUAUAUCA